AUGACGACCACGUUUACCGGUGGUCGAGGCGUGAACAGCCAAGACCUCGACAUCCCCAAGCGCCUGUCGUUCGUGAGCGGCGCCUCGCAGCCCAAGGACCUGGAAGACGGCAGCUAUGUCGGCGUCAAGACCCCAGAACACGUGCCCAUCGGUGCUCGCCCUCCUGAAGGAGAAGGCGGCGCCAUCCGUGAAGGAGGUAUGCCCGUACUGACCAGCAAGGAGAACCUCGGCCUGCUCUUCGAGUACGCCGCUGUUGGACUCGUGUAUGGCCUGCUGCCGGAGACCAUCUACCCAUUCAUGCAGGAAUACCUCAACUGUUCUGGCGCUCAAGUCACGGCUGCGAGCCAGCUUGUGGUGCUGCCGUGGAGCUUCAAAGUGUUCUAUGGUAUCCUGUCCGACUGCCUGCCGAUCUGCGGCUACCGUCGGCGACCGUACAUGCUCAUCGGCUGGGGUAUCUGCUUCAUCAUGCUGCUGGUCAUGCGCAUCAUGCCCAUUGGUAAGCCGUACUUUACGAAUGCGGCUGACCGAGACGUGGAUAUUGCAGACUACACUCCGGAGAUCGAAGCCCGCAUCAACUACGACGCUCCAUCGGAAGGCGCCAAGUAUGUGAUGCUCAUGUUCUUCGCUGCGUUUGGCUACGUCAUGCCGGACGUGUGUGCGGACAGUAUUACCUGCGAGUUGGCUCAACGUGAGCCCUUGGACAAGCGCGGCAAGACGCAGUCCUGCAUCUACACUGUGCGUACCGUGAUGGUGAUCUUUGGGGAGCUGCUCACUGGGUUCUUCUUCAACGGUGAAGACUACGGCGGCACCUUCGACUUCUCGCUGAGCUUCCCCCAGCUGAUGAUCAUCGUCACUGUCCUCACGAUCCCCGUGUUUCCCAUGACGUGGUUCUUCAUCAAGGAGGAGAAGGUCGAGCGUGCCAACUUGAAGGAGUACAUCAGCAGCUUCUGGGACUUGCUGUGCACUCGGGCAGUGUACCAGGUCAUCGCGUACAACUUUUUCUCCAACAUCUUCGCUGACAUCACGUACACCGGCAGCUCCCCUAUUCAGGACUACAUGGUGGGUGUGACCCCCAUCAACAGCACCCUGAGCGACAUCCUCAGCAACCUGCUCUUUAUGUUGGGCAUCAUGAUCACCUCUAAGUGGGGGCUGCACUGGAACUGGCGCUGGAUGAUCGUCGUCACUGGAGCCGUGGUGAUCAUUGUGGACUGCACUGUGUCGAUGAUCGUCGUCUGGGACGUCUUCCGCAACCAGUGGUUCUGGCUUGGCCCUCCCAUUGCCGUCCAGCUCCCGUACGGCGUCGGCUGGAUCAUCUCGACUUUCGUGACUGUGGAACUGGCCGGACUGGGCAACGAAGCGGCCGUCUACGGCCUGAUCACCACGGUAACGAACGUCGCCUCUCCCUUCGCCUCAGCGUUGACCCUUGUGAUCGACGCUCCGUUCAACAUCACCAACGCUCGAGUUCAAGAAGACGACCACUCGAUUCGCCGAGAUCUGACGUACACCAUCAUCAUCAUGUACGCUAUGACUGCGUUUGCGUGGGUCUUCCUGCCCCUGCUGCCCAAGCAAAAGGAGGACACGCAACGACUGCUCCGCAAGGGCGGUCACAGCAAGCUCAUCGGCGGCGUCACGGUCGCCUACCUGAGCUUCGCGAUCGUGUGGUCCGUCAUGACCAACAUCAUGGCUAUCUUUGAGAGCACGGCGUGCCUCGUCAUUGCGGGGGGCACUGGCUGCUAA